UAGGUAUUAGUCCACCACAAAAUGUUUGGGCUGAACCUGCAGAAGUAGGAGAGGAACAUAUAAUUCUUUACUGGAAACCUCCACAAGAAAUCAAUCAGUUCUACAUUUCAGUAAAACCUUUGAAGCCUCUUUCUACAGAAGCAACAUAUUUGGUUAACAAAACAAAUUGGAUGGAAAUUAGUUCAUUAGUGCCUGGAAUGACUUAUAAAAUUGGAAUUUCUGCAGUGAAAAAUGGAAAUAUGAGUGAAAUGGUCUUCAUCUAUCAGACACUAAAGCCAAAGCCUGUCAUAUUUGUGGUGCCACUAGAACAGCGCACACACGGUGUGACUUUAUAUGCUCACCUGCCUAAUGAGGGAAUAUUUGACGAAGUAUUUAUAACAAUUAGGAAUGGAGCUAACCAAAAUAUUUCAUUUCCAUGUAACCCUGCUGGAAGAUUCGAACUUAAUGACCUUUUUCCAGGCACUGAAUAUGAAUUCAGCAUUUAUACAAAAAGUGAUGGCAUGCAGAGCACACCAUAUGAAACUAGUGUAAAAACGUGUCUGGCAAGUCCAUUUAACCUACGUGAAGGCAUGGUCAAUGAAACUUCUAUUCAGCUAGUUUGGGACAAAGCAGAGGGGAAUUUCCAGCAAUAUGAAAUUAUAUGUCAGAGCAGUUCAAAUAUUUUUAUGGUGCAAAAGGUAACUGAGGAGAAAGCCAUCUUUUUUCAUUUAAUCCCUGGUACAGUUUAUAUCUUUUCAUUACGUACUGAAAAGGAGCAGUUCAGGGACAGCAUACCUGUUACAGUAGAAAUUCAGACAGUUCCAGCUCCCCCAGAAUACCUAAAUUAUACCAAAGAUACAGGGUCAUUAUGUUUCCAUGGGUUAAGGGCAUUAGGCCAGCUUGAUGGCUAUUUAAUUUUUAUGACUUCUGAAGACUUCAACAGAACGGAAAUAUUGCCUCCUACUCAAAGGCAGCAAGUUUCUGCAAGCUUCUGGAUGAGAGCAGAGUCAAGAUGCAAGUAA